CGUUAAAGGGCACAUUGGUUUAAUCACAUGCAAAGAAAAGACCAAUUCAUUAAUGGAAAGAAAUCAAAUGCAAAUCAUAGGAUUUAGUUAAUUGAUUCUGCUUAAUUAUAUUGAAAGUCAUUUACAAAUCCUAAUCUCUCAUUUCUCCAAACUUAAAAUUUUGUCCUCUUUGUUUCCCGCCUUGUGUUUGGUAUGUCUUUCUAAUUUGAAUUAAUCCAUAUAGGUGGAUCCGAAACCUCUAGUUAAGAGUUGAAUUCCUGAAAACUUGAACCGUGAACGCUGGCCCUGAGCCCCGAACCCCAUGGUAUCCUAUCUUUAAAUUUUUGCCAUUUCAUACUUAUUUUUGUGAAGUUAUGGAAAUGGAAUGUCAUGGAGAAAAGAAUAAGAGAAGCUUUAGUUAUAAUAUUGGAGAUCAAAAGCUUCGGCUAAUUGAUAUCUCCUCAGAAGAAGAUUGUCUAAUUGAUUCUCCUUUGUUUGAUUCACUUGAAGAUCUUCGCCUUUCAGUAACAUGGGACAAUAUAAAUGAGAAUGGUCAGAGUUCAAAUUUAUCAAGAACUGCCGCAAAGAAAGAUAAAUCAACCCAAGUGAACCAGCAGAAUGAGCUAAAGCAUUUGUCUGCUGCAUCUAUUCAGCCAGGAAGACCGAGUUACUUGUGCAAAAGUUCAGCUUGGGAUAAUGCCUUCUUCACUAGUGCAGGUCUUCUCGAUCCAUAUGAACUAUCAUCGAUGAACAAAGAGCUUGACACAUUAGAGGAUCAUCCCUUGCCUUUCAUCCUAGAAGAUGUACAUGCUCGGAGGCCAGUCCUACCGUCUAUUUCAACUAUCGGGACUGGCUCUAGAGACAUGAUCGACCAUGGUCUAGUUUCCAAAAGGAAAAACAUCAACGAUGCCAGAGCAGAUAGAAGUAAAACACAGAAACCUAGUAAAAGAACAGAGUGUGAUUCACUAGAACUCAAGCUUCCAAAGGUGCCACGAGCAAGCAAAAGUGCUUCAACUUGGCAAAGCAAACUAUUAUCACCACACACGUACUCUGUGGAUAUUGGAUGCAGGAAGAGAACUGGACCUGGACGAGAUUUAAUGGUGACAAAUUCUACUGCUCACUCUUCAAUCACCUCUUGUCCUUUGUAUGCGACAUCUGCUUAUUCUAGGAAACGAGGAGAAACCGGAAAGACUAAACUCUCUGCCUCUGAUUCGAGAUCAAAGACUCUCAUAAGAUCAUCAGCAAAGAGUAAAAAGUUUGAAAGUCUUAGUUCCUCAAUGCAAAUUCAUCAUUCCUCUAAUAAAUCACCUACUAGUACUACAAAUGCAUGGUCCUUGGAAUCAUCAUCUUCAACUUCUAGCACCAAUCAAGCUCAUAAUGAUUCAAAUCGUUGCCUUAAUAUGACAUUUGGACCAACUCGGAACUUAUGGUCUCCAAGUCAGCUUACACGACCUGUUGCUUCAGUGCCAAGGGAGAAUUCCCAACCAUCCGGUCUUUGUAUGCCAUCUCCAAAAUUUGGCUUCUUCGAUGAGGAUAUGUCAGUGGUGAGAACUUUCGAUGGAAAUUCUAGUCAAUCACAGAAGCCAGGAAUAUCAGCAUGUAUAGAUGAUAAAGGCAAAAAUGCUGAAGCAUCAACUAAAGUUAAACGAGCUAGAAGUCCGCUAUGCACCGUCAAUGUAUCCCGAGAUUCGAUGAAAACAAGACUAAUUCCAAGUUCAAGAAUCAAUCCCCGAUAUGCUGCAUCGUUACACAAGGAAAAAACUGCUUCUUAUGGAGCAUCUGAUACGCGAAAAGAUGGCUUUGAUGUACAGUCUAAGUAUCUGACAGAUAAAUCUAUAGAAAUUGACAGAAAAGUUUGCUCAAAGUUGAGAAAAGUUGGUGCCGGAGAACAUGACAGAAAAAAGGUUGGACUAGUCAAUGGGAUAGUAAAGACCAAGGUAGAAAGAGAGAAGAUGGCCACGAAAGACGACAAGGGGAUCAGCACUGGAACAACAAUCAUUACACCUCGAUCUCAAGCAAGUCGAGGUCGGUUGUAUGAAUCCUCACAGUCCAUGUCACUCCAUUUUACACUUCAGUCUCAAGCAAGUCGAGGUCGGUUGUAUGAAUCCUCACAGUCCAUGUCACUCCGUUUAACCCCGUCUCGGAACAAGGGGACUACAAGCACUUCAAAAUCAAGAAAACAGGAAAACGAAGUUAAUGAUUUGAGUAGAUACUUGGAGCUCAUUGAUUUGAAUGAUGGAACAAAAACACAGCUUAAACAGAGAAAGAGUUUUUCUCGUAUGAGAACUCCAUUGGUUGAGAAAAAAUCUGUUUGCAACAGAAGUGCAACUCUCAUGGGAUCAGAUAUGGUUAAGUAGUCAUCUUUGCUUUCUUCAAAAGGAAUAGACAAAGAGAACAAUUGAGCAUUAUGCAAAUCUAUGUUGCUUGGACUCUUCAAAAAUGUUGCAGGCCCCGUGUUGGAUCAUCCAAAAAUGCACUACUUUUAGAGGACCCGACACGCAUCCAACGACAUUUUUGAAGCGUCUAAGCAACAUAAAUGUAAAUUAUUGAUGGAUGCUUAUGUUGUCUGCCAGAUUUUUAGUCCUUUUAAGUUUUUGAUAGGCAUCAUUUUGUUCUAAUGCAGACUCCUUAAACUCUUUGCAAAUGUUUGAAAGCAGACACACUUGCUUUUGUCACUAGCAUGAGUUGGCCAUUGAUCAACCAAAUGGGGCAAUUGCCAUUCAUUUCUAUAGUUAAUCAUAAAUGUCAAAAGCCACAUAGGAAGUACUUUUGCAAAAUCAUAAUUAAAGAAAAUGGUUUGAUUUUUCAACUAAUAGUGAAGUUUAAUUUCUAUACACAAAAAGGUUCCUAUCUUUCUUGAUUGAGACU